AUGAACAAAGCUUGCCAUCAAAUUCUUAGCGCGGUCUUUCCAGAAACGCUUCCCAAUCUCCGUGGUAUCAAGAAUCACACUCCCGCUUCCAGACAUGCCUCUACAAGCCAGCUUAUUUCGCGUGCCAUCCGAGACAUCAGCGACGUUCGUUUUAUCAACCGCCUUAUCGCUGAGGACGAGGAGCAUUACAGCGAUAUCGUAGAGGCGCUUACCAUGCAGUAUUCUACCAACGCAGCCGCUUUGAAGUUUCAUGACGUCCUCCUACCCAGGAGAAACAUCAAGGAGGAAUUCGAACGCUCCCCUUGGAAACUUUCUUUCCCUUCGUCAAGCCUCAGAAAGCCCACUUUGACGCUGGACUUGAAUCAGUACACUUCGACUAGAGGUCUGGCACUGCUCUCACAUUUCUGCGUGACGGAAUCAAUGGAGAAAGAGCUUCCGGUGAGAUACGAGGUCAUUUCGUACAAAGGCAAGACGGAGAUCUGGCCUGAUUUCUAUGAUGAUGCAAUCGACUCCAUGUGGGCAAUUGGAGAAGGUAUCUAUGAGAAAUAUAUCCCUAGGUGUCGCGAAUAG